UCUUGUUGUCCAGUUAUGUCACACUCACAAACACAAAAGAAGACGAAUUGCCGCCCAAUCAUUACUCUAUAAAAGUUCUCAGUCCUAUUUUGGAGUAGCAAAGCAAAGCAAUGCAUAAGCUUAUUGCACACCUCUUCUCCUUGCUCCUCUCCUCCACACUUUGCAAUGCCAAUCAGCAGACUCAUCUUUUGAGAGCUACAAGACCACACAGUUUCUCUGUUUCCGGUUCUUGGCUACAGCGCGAAAGAGAUGCAUUUGUUGCACCUCAAGAUGGACUAAUGCAAGCAGACAAGAUCACUCAGCUGCCAGGGCAGCCUCAUGGUGUGGAUUUUGAUCACUAUGCAGGUUAUGUUACAGUUAAGCCCCAGGCAGGAAGAGCGCUGUUUUACUAUUUUGUCGAGUCUCCAACAAAUUCUUCCACCAAACCUCUGGUCUUGUGGCUAAAUGGAGGCCCUGGAUGUUCAUCUUUUGGAUAUGGAGCCAUGGAGGAAUUGGGACCUUUCAGAGUGAGCAGUGACGGGACAACUCUAUUCAGAAACAACUAUGCAUGGAACAAUGUGGCGAAUGUGAUCUUCUUGGAUUCGCCUGCUGGUGUUGGCUUCUCAUAUUCAAACACAACUGCUGACUACAACAACACUGGUGACACGAGCACUGCCACAGAUGCCUACACAUUUAUAGUGAACUGGCUCGAGAGGUUCCCUCAGUACAAAACCCGGGAUUUCUACAUUACUGGGGAGAGCUACGCCGGUCAUUAUGUGCCUCAGUUAGCAAAUACUAUAUUGCUCAGAAACAACAACAGCAACAGUCCAACUGUUAUCAAUCUAAAGGGUGUUGCUAUAGGGAAUGCAUUGAUAGACGAUGCGAGCAUGUCAGCAGGGUUCUAUGAUCAUAUCUGGACGCAUGCCUUGAUCUCAGAUGAGAUACACACAAAAAUCUUCAAUUCUUGUGACUUCGCAAAUAAUUUAGCUUCUGAUCAGUGCUAUGAUUACGUGGAGAAGUCCUUUAAAGAGCUUGGGAACAUUGACAUCAACAACAUCUAUGCACCAAUCUGUUUGCAACACAUGCUUAAGAAGGGCUCAAGUGAUUCUGUAGGCGAACAGGUUAACAACUUCGAUCCCUGCUCGGAUGUGUAUGUUAAGUAUUACUUGAAUACUCCUCAAGUCCAAGAUGCCCUCCAUGUGAAGCCCACAGCUUGGGACUUCUGCAGAACCUUUGAUAACUGGACAGAUUGGGAAAGUAGUGUUUUGCCAACAAUUGAGAAUCUAAUGGCAAGUGGGCUGAGAGUGUGGCUGUACAGUGGAGACAUAGAUGCGAAUGUACCAGUUACAACCACAAGGUAUGCAAUUAACAGGCUAAAGCUUCCAAUCGAGACUGCUUGGCGCCCGUGGUACUUUGAGAAUGAGGUUGGAGGGUAUGUGGUGGGAUACAAAGGGCUGACAUUAGCAACGGUGAGAGGAGCUGGUCAUCAAGUUCCCAGCUACCAGCCUCAGAGGGCACUCCUCAUGUUUACCUCCUUUCUUCAAGGAAUUCUACCUCCUUCCUCAUAAUAGUGUAUUGCAAACUCAAAUGUAACACACUACCACCAUUUAACAAAUUCAAACCUUUUGUCACCAUUGAAUUAGAAAUACCAGAUAACAGAUAACAACAAUCUUAUAUCACAUUAUCAGUAGUUAUAUAACGCAGAAUAUCCUAAACAAAACUCCAGUACAAGAAAUGUAAAAGAUAAUCAUUAGUUCUCCUCUUCUUUCGCCUAUUAUCCCUGUCACUUUCACUCUCGCUUGACUCGGAACUUGAUGAUCCCGAUCCAUCCAAAUCAGAACUAGAACCAGAAGUAUCAAAUUUAGAAUCAUUAGUUUCUCCUCCUCUUCUUUCGCCUAUUAUCCCUGUCGCUUUCACUCUCGCUUGACUCCGAACUUGAUGAUCCCGAUCCAUCCGAAUCAGAACCAGAACUAUCAGAUUCAGAAUCAGACUCCGGUACAGCCUUUUGUUGUUGCAUGAUGAGCCGAGGCAUGUUCUUGAGAUAUUCCCGCAGGUUUUCUGUGAUCCCACCAAGCCCAAUG